UGUACUCACGGACGCACAUGCUUAUACAGAAUAAGAACUACUAACUAUUUAGCACUUCAGUGUUCAUGUGCGAACUCCAUCCAGGUUUCUAAAGCUAUUCUGAAUAUAUUCACAUUUUUAACUGUGACGAAUUACAUUCAGAAUACCAGUUUUCUCUGAAGCAGAAUGGGACCUGUUGUUAUCGCUGUUGCGCUGACCGUCUUUCUAGGGCAGGCAUUUUGUGAAGAUGUAGCCCCGACAGAAGAUAAGAGAACUGACAAGGGGAUCAGUGGAGAGAAAAGAUCACUGUAUGGAAUCAAAAAGUGGCCAAAAGGAGUAGUACCGUAUGAAUUCGGACAUGGAGGUUUCUACGAUUCUGAAAAAGAUUUGAUCAUGCAAGCUUUGGAUGAAUGGAAGCUAAUGACAUGCGUAGACUUCCGGAAGGCGGUUCCUUCAGACAGGCGUAGAGUGAAAUUCAUUAAGGUGCCAGGUAAAUGUGAGGCACCUCUUCACGUUGGAUCUGCGCCAGUAAUAAACGUUUAUAUAAACGCAAUGUGCCGAUAUGCCAAGAUGCUGCAAAUAACCGGUUCCAUAUUUGGGCUCAGAGAAAGUAAUUUCCAUGGAACCCAAAACAAUAAUAAGAUGAAAGAUUUUGUUAUGAAACCAUACGAGCUAAGCUAUGAAAAUAUUAGGGCCAUCUAUAUGUUGUACGGAUGCGCAGGAAAACUUGCGACUGUUUGUCCAAAAUACCCAUGUCCUCUCCAUGGAUUCCGAGGUAGCGACUGCGAGUGUCGGUGCGAAGGAAAGCCCUUAAAGUUAUGCUGCAUACCUCCUUAUGACCCGGGGGUCUCAACACCUAGACUACCACCACCACCACCGUCGAAACCCUGUUUCCCCGGAGACGGGCACGUCCUCCUUGACAACGGCAAAUUACUGGAGAUCAAACAUCUUGAAAUAGGACAAAGGAUUUUGACAGUCAAAGAUGGACGGCGUGUAUUUUCUGAAGUGAAAACCUUCUUGAAACGUCGCCCAAGCGUAAACGCCACAUACGUAACCCUGGCAACAGAUGAAGGCAACCAGAUCUCCCUGUCGGACGACCACUUACUCUUUGCCACGACAAACACGUCGACAACUAUGGAAGCCAGACUCGCUGGUCUAAUUAAACCAGGUGACUACAUCUUCUCAACAGCACAGUGCUCACGUGAUCUCUGUGCUGAACGAGUGGCCCAGGUCUUCAUAUCCUACAAACAAGGUGCAUACGUUCCGCUGACGGACGAGGGCACUCUUGUAGUUGAUGGGUUUUUGGCGUCAUGUUACACCACAGCCUCCCAUGAUGUUGCCCACAUCUUGAUGACUCCCUUCCGCUGGUUCCCAUGGUUACUGGCGUCAGAGCAACAAGAUGGCUACAGUUCUCUUAUUCCUGUAAUAAAAGCCAUAGCCAGGAUGGUUUUGCCAAAACGUGUGCUUCUGGCAGACGAAAACCAGCAUAUCCUGCAGUCUCUCUAUCAUUCUAGAUCAGAAUUGUAGAACCGACCAAAUGAACAAAAAUAUGCUGUACAGUAUAACGUUUAACGAUGGUCGUUCACUGAUAAAUUGAUUAAAUGUUAAAACAAU